CUCAACUAAAGUCAGCUCACACACUCUCUCCUCAGGCAGACACACCGAGGGACGGUGGUGUUUGAAGAGGAGCCGUGCGUAUUAACGCUCAGAGUGUGUGUGUAUGCGUCUUGCGAGAGUUGAAGAGCCCACUGAGCUCAGACGGGACAGGAGUGCUGGACCCGGCACCAAGUGAUAAGCCGUCACAGAGGAGGAGGAGGAGGUGGAGGAGGAAGAAGAUCCACCGGGCAGCUCGGUCAAUUGGCUUUGAUUUGUCCACCUCCACACGCGUCUCUCCCUGCGCAUGUUUACGCGCGGCUGAGAGGGAAAGCGCACAGUUUGGUUUAGAAGAAGGGUCCGGUUGAGCCCGAGCGGCUCCAGAGAUUUGACUAUAUAUAUCAUUUUUUUAUUUAAGCAUCCCUCUUUUCCCCCCCGUCACCCUGUCCCCUCUGAGCGAGGAGUGGCAGAGGGCUCGGGAGAACCGGGUGGACGGAUCGCGGAGCUGCGCGCCUCCCCGGUGCCUGAUCCACUGGAUGCGGAAUGAUGGAUUAACAGACAUCUCCGGACCCUGCCGCCUUUUCUUUUUUGCUUUCUUUUUCACCACCCCUGUCCACCUCGGGAUUAUUUCAGCUCGCACCGACCUCCCCUCCAUCCUUCUCGAGAUGACCGAGGAAUGUGUUCUGCGGUGCGUCCUGAUGCUCUGCUGCGCGCUCCUCUCCGCCAACGCCAGUAACUGGCUGUACUUGGCCAAGCUGUCGUCAGUGGGAAGCAUCAGGGAUGAGGAGACGUGCGAGAGGUUACGAGGCCUCAUCCAGAGACAGGUUCAGAUCUGUAAGCGCAGUGUGGAGGUGAUGGAUGCGGUGCGUCGUGGAGCCCAGCUGGCGAUAGAUGAGUGUCAGUUUCAGUUUCGUAACCGCCGAUGGAACUGCUCCACGCUCGAGACAAUGCCUGUGUUUGGCAAAGUGGUCACCCAGGGCACCCGUGAGGCCGCCUUUGUGUAUGCCAUCUCAGCAGCCAGUGUGGCGUUUGCGGUCACGAGGGCCUGCAGCAGCGGAGAGCUGGAAAAAUGUGGCUGUGACCACAAUGUACAUGGAGUCAGUCCAGAGGGGUUCCAGUGGUCGGGCUGCAGCGACAACAUUGCGUAUGGUGUGGCCUUUUCUCAGUCCUUUGUGGAUGUGAGAGAGAGGAGUAAAGGCCAGUCGUCCAGUCGGGCUCUCAUGAACCUGCACAACAAUGAGGCGGGACGAAAGGCCAUCUUGUCCCACAUGCGUGUGGAGUGCAAAUGUCACGGAGUCUCGGGCUCCUGUGAGGUGAAGACCUGCUGGAAAGCCAUGCCGCCGUUCCGCAAGGUGGGCAACAUCAUCAAGGAGAAGUUUGACGGCGCCACUGAGGUGGAGCAGCGCAAGGUGGGCACCACCAAAGUCCUGACGCCUCACAACUCCCAGUUCAAACCUCACACGGACGAAGACCUGGUCUACCUGGAGCCCAGUCCAGAUUUCUGCGACUACGACCCACGCACGCCGGGUAUGCUGGGCACAGUGGGCCGCCAGUGUAACAGAACGUCAAAGGCCAUUGACGGCUGCGAGCUGAUGUGCUGCGGCCGCGGCUUCCAGACGCAGGAGGUGGAGGUGGUGGACAGGUGCAGCUGCAAGUUCCACUGGUGCUGUUAUGUCAAAUGCAAACAGUGCCGCAAAAUGGUGGAGAUGCACACUUGCCGGUGAUGGGAUUGGGAGCGUAGAAGGCACUGCUGAUGGACAAAACAAACGCCCCCACACUCUUUAUCAAUUUACAAGGCUGGAGGGAGCAAGGAGGACUGUGAAGCUCCUUCUUCUCCUGCUCCAAACCACCCCGCCUGCCUACUACUGGAAACAGACUGCGUGGCUAAGAGGUCAAAGGUCAUUCUAUUCAUUUCAUGCCACCGUGUAUGGAUAUGGGUAGUUUAUGCAUGGGAUUUCCUACAAAACCGCAGAGGCAGUUUGUUUCUUCUCAAGUAGAGAGCAUCUUUCACUUUCAGUCCCCCUCCCUCACUCUCGUAUUUGAUUUGUCAUUGAUGCUUAUUAUUUUUGUAAUGUUUAACUUAUUUGUUGAGACCGACGGAGGGUGGACCUAGGAGGAGGGGACAGACGAGUGAAGAUAAGGGACAAAGUGGACCUAUGGGUGGGCAGGUGAUGGGUGGGAUUAAGGGGUGGGGUCAAGAGGAGUGUUAUUUGCCCUCUGUCCUUGCUGCUGCUGCUUCGGUGACUCAUUUCGUGGAUGUCCAAAAAGGGAGACGCCAGGUCUGUCAGAGGACUUGAACAACAAAGAGGAGCGAGUCGUGGACGGACCUUCUGCGAUUUGCAUCCUCGGUGUAACAUGGCUGUGCAGCGCUGGGGUGCAGUUGCUGUUAAGUCAAUAUUUUACCCCCUGCAAUGCCCUGAUGCUGCUCCACUCACGCACACACACCCACACACACAUACACUCACACACACUCUCUCUCUUUCCUGGAGGAUGAUGAUGAUGAUGAUGAUGAUGAUGAUGAUGAUGAUGAUGAUGAUGAGGAUGAUGAUGAUGAUGAUGAUGAUGAUGAUGAUGAUGAUGAUGAUCAUGAUGAUGAUCAUGAUGAAAAUGAUCAUGAUAAUGAUCAAGUUGAUGAACAGGUGAAAGCCACUGUCCGCUCCUUUCUGUUUUUUCUGUCGGCCAUGACAGGUGACGGGCAUCAGACACAAAACACUCACAAACUUAACUUAAAACAUCUCUAAAACAACAACCGUAUUCAUUCAUAGCUGCUACCUGCAACAGGAAACCAGAAACCUUGUACUGAAACCGCUUCCAGAUCAGAUCUAAAAUGAACAUUGUGUUGUGAAUAUGUUGCGUGCCCAUUUGGAUUGAUUUAGAUCUUGGCCUCCUCUUGCAAGCCAGCAUCUGCCAGAUGCUAGUUGACUUAACGCAAACACAAGUAAACAAACAGCGACGUGCAUGCACCAGCAAACACACAGUGUAAACACACACACACACACACAUACACGCACACACAAAGGGGUCUGAGAGGGCUGCCGAGCAUGUUCACCAUGCAUGAUGACUGAAGCACUUUCUCUCCAAGCGCACAUAGAGCUCUCGCUCCACAACAAGCAUCCAACCACAUAUUCACUGUUUCUAUCUCUCUUUCUCUGACACACACACACACACACACACACACACACACACACACACACACACACACACACACACAGUUUCUCAAGCCACUGUCAGGACUCUCUUGUUGUCUUGUACCACCACAAUAAAGCCAAGCUUUCCUAUAAUAACGUGCUAUCAUUAUAGAUACAUACUGUAGAUCUGUAAAGACUUAUACACUGAAGAAGACUAUACUGCCUAUGAAUGUAUGUUAAUACGGAAUAUAUGCUGUGUCAAAAA